UGAAUAAAAUAAAAUGAGUCCAGCAUAUCCCAUCUAAAAGAAAAAACCUUAUCUCUGGAUAGUUUUUGCAUCCUUUUAUCUUUUUCGUUUCAUGUCAUCAACAACCGCUCAACAAUACUUCCUUUCAGAGUGAGGCAUCGUCUUCCUCUCUUGUUCAAUUCAAUGGCUUCUGCACAUUCUUCAGCUCUCAGUUCUUUCUCUUCUCUCUCUUUCCGGUCCUCUUCUUCCUCCUCUUGUUUCUCUCUCCUCCCCACAACCAACAAACUCACAUUCCCUCUCCUCACCAAAACCCCACUCUCCAUCUCCACAACCACCACUCUCUCCUUCACCGCCAAAGCCAACUCCUUCGACGACAACGCACCUAACUCCUUCGACGACAACGCACCUAUCUCCGAAGAAGUCAUUCCAUUCAACCCACCCGAAGUCCCGGAAGGCUUCAUCGCCCCACCUUCCAUAGACGACGGACCAGUCGAAGACGAAGACGAAAUCGCCGCCGCGUAUGAAAAGAUUUACGGCGUGGGGUACAGUGGAGUGAGUGUUCUCGGAAAUGAUAUAUACGCCAUGGAUGCGAAGAAGAGGAAGGCUACUGGGUUUGGCUCUGGAGCGAAGAAGAAAGAGAGGUUUAGAGAUGGAAUGGAAGAAAGAGUUGUUCAAGUGAGAAGGGUUACUAAGGUUGUUAAAGGAGGGAAACAGAUGAGGUUUAGGGCUGUUGUUGUUGUUGGUGAUAAGAAAGGACAAGUUGGUGUUGGCCUUGGGAAGGCUAAGGAAGUUGUUUCUGCUGUUCAGAAAGCUGCUGUUAAUGCUAGGAGGAAUCUUGUUAGAGUCCCCAUGACUAAGUACUCCACUUUUCCUCAUAGAUCAGACGGAGAUUAUGGAGCAGCAAAGGUGAUGCUUAGACCCGCUUCACCUGGUACCGGAGUUAUUGCAGGUGGUUCUGUGAGAAUUGUUCUUGAACUGGCAGGUGUUGAAAAUGCUUUGGGGAAACAACUCGGAAGUGACAAUGCACUCAACAAUGCCAGAGCAACUGUAGCUGCAGUGCAGAAAAUGAAGCAGUACAGUCAGGUCGCCGAAGAGCGUGGGAUCCCUAAGGAAGAGUUAUGGAAGUAAAUGGAAUUUGUGAAGCCAAAGUAAUUUUCAUUCAUCAAUCAUUUUCAUGUAGAACUGGUGUUAGUACCUUAGAAAGUGUUCCAACUUUUUUUUUUAAAGUUACUUGGAACUAAACGACUUCUUCAAAUGCUGUUUGUUCAAUCUGAAAUACAUUAUUCAUUUGCUUGUUUUAUCUGUA